AUGGAUGGCAGAACGUCUCUGGCCUCUGCCCCGCUCCCGGGUGCCUGUGUGCAGCCCAACCCCGCGGCCGUACCCAUCUCCAUGGCCGGGAGCAGCGGCGGCUCCUUGCUCCGGCCGCCGGCUUUGCUCUUACGGGCAGCCGCCGCCGCAGCGGCCGCCGCUUCGGCAGCUGAGCGCUACCCCCGGACCCCGAAAUGCGCCCGCUGCCGCAACCACGGCGUAGUAUCGGCGCUGAAGGGCCACAAGCGCUUCUGCCGCUGGAGGGAUUGCCUGUGCGCCAAGUGCAUGCUGAUCGCCGAGAGGCAGAGGGUCAUGGCAGCGCAGGUCGCCCUCCGGCGCCAGCAAGCCCAGGAGGAGAACGAAGCCAGGGAGCUCCAGUUCAUGUACGCCGGAGGAGGGGCGACCGAAGCCGGCCUGGCUAUGGCAGCAGUGGCCGCUGCUGCUAACAGCAUCAUCCCGGGAUCGAGAGCCGUCUCCGCGCCUUACGAGAUCUUCGGAGCCGAGUACCAGAAGCAGAAGGAAGGCCAGAAAAGCCCCAAGUAUGAACUAUUUUACAACGGUUUGGUGAGUCGAUCGGUUGUUCAGCCUGCGCCUUCUCUCGGUUCGGAGGCGGAGGGGUCAGACACGAAUGGGAGGGAGAACGAAGGAAACACCGAAGCAGCAGAGACCGACCCGGGUCAGCUUUCCCCAUCCCCGGAUCCUCCAUCGGAAGGCGCCGACAGCCCUCGCUCAGUGACUCCCUCCGAUGUGGAGUCGGGCAACGAGUGUGAGAAACCCAAGGAGCUGGCGAAGGUGAUGGCCAGUCUCCCCGGCUCGUCCGCCAACCACAGGGCACCCAUUGACAUCUUGACCAAAGUCUUCCCCAACCACAAGCGCGACAAACUGGAGUGUAUCCUGGCAAACUGCAAGGGGGACGUGGUGCAGGCCAUCGAGCAGGUGCUCAAUGGGAAAGAACAGAAGGGACAAGGCAAAGAUGUGGAGUGCCCCGGGCCCGAUCCUGCUGAGCUCCAGGGAGCCCCGCACUUCACCCUAACCGGUCUUUCCGGCGGUUCCCUGGGGACCAAAUCCGCCUUCUCCCCUCUGCAGUCUAGUGCAGUUUUCGGAGGACCCGCAAAUCUAUACGGCUUGAGCCCCAGGCUAGGCGUUAACCCACUGCGACUGGCAUACUCAAGCCCCGGCCGAGGGCUGCCCACCUUCAUGUCCCCUUAUGUCACUUCUGGCCUGAUGCCAACUCUACCGUUUCGCCCUCCAAUGGACUACUCCUUCCCGGGAAUAGUGAGAGACCUUCCAUAUUUCCAAAACAAAGAGGCGCUCUGCUCCAGUGGACUGUGCUCUCGAAUUAAUCCGGAGAAACAGUGACUGACUUCCGUGAGAUUAUUCAAUUUGAGGCAGUGUACCUCAUUAAACGGGGAACUUUGAAUGUUAAAAAUCAACAGAAAACCGGUUCAAUGAUUACCGACCGAUUUAGUUUCACUUUGUCACCAGAUUGCUCCACGGAUCAAUUGAAAGUCAACGUGGUUGUUUUGAUUUGAAAAAAAAAAUGUUGCAGCUGAUAGCAUUGUACUGAACAGAUUGGAAAAUACAGUAUCGGCUGACACAGAUACCAGUGAGAAUGAUAAACCCACACUAUUUGCGUUCCGUUUCGCUUAUGCUCUCAAAGAAGUGUCAGUAGGUAAAAACAGAAAUUGCUGAAAAAAAGUACUCAGCAGGUCUGGCACCAUCUAUGGAGAGAAAUCAGAGUUAACGUUACUGGAUCGAGUGACCCUUCCCUCAGAAGAGUUUAACUAACAGGCCAGCGAAUGUGAUAUCUCUUUGCCAAGGUGGACAACGAUUCUGAAAGGCAGCCUGGGACGGCAGGAAUACCGACAUGGGCUUUUCUGUUGCUUGCGUGCAACUUUUUUUUUGGGUGGGUGUAGUUGGAGGGGAGAAAGUGUUUGAGAUGCAAAAUCGGACCAAGUCCAGCAAUUGAAGAGGAGCUCUCAGCCUUUGCUGUAGCUGCUGACUGCAUAGCCCGGCACUUAGUGCGCUAGAUGCCUCAGAAUAGUUAAUUGCAAUUAUAUAAAACAAACGGAAAGAAGUGCAGUUGAAAGAAAAAUAGCGUAUUCAUCCAUCAGGUGAUAUGACAACAGUUAGCUGGCUGUAUUUAAUAGCCUGUUUCGCACCCUGAUUGGUUUUAAUAUUUCACACAGAUUAGCAGUACCACUCACUCCAGUGAUCUCCCGUUGCUUUUUAAUCGUGUAUUAUAGCAUUGCAUAAUAAAACAAAAAAAAACCCGAAAGAAAUACGGAUGCUGGAAAUCAGAAACAAAAACAGAAGUUGCUGGAGAAACUCAGCAGGUCUGGCGGCAUCUGUGGAGAGAAAUCCGCAUUAAAGUUUCAGGUCGAGUGACCUUUCCUCAGAACUGCAAGGUUCUCACUUCUUUGGCCAAGAAAUGGUUAAUGGUACGCAUGGAGGGGGGGGUGGGGUGCAGCCAUUGACUCAAAUCUACCUGAUCGAACUGUGUACAGCAACACCAACAUAAUUUUUAAAAAGUGCCUUAUUUCGAAUUAGUGAAACUGGGGGAAAAAUAGAGAGUGGACCCUUUCCGGGUUUUCCCAACACGUGAAAUUCCUGUGGAGUGAGAGAAAACAACACAGUCGAGGAAACGAUGUUUUCCAUCAAGCAACUGAAACCCAGAGAUAAUCACUGCUGGGAUUAGAUAACCUAAGUAUAACUGAUGAUUUCAAACGGACGCAGCCCUGAGUGAAAACGCAAGGGAGAAGAGUCAGUGUUUUUUCUGAAAAAUUGAAAACAAAAUCACCCUGACAGUGCAUUGCCGCAAGAUUCACAUGAAUGAAAUAUAAAAAUUCCGAAGACUUUCUGAGGAAAGGCCGUAACAUUUUAGCACUGCGGACUGUCUGUCCACACAUUCAAAGUCUAAACGAUGAGCGGUAAUUGAUCCUAAAAGGAUGGAUAUUUACAGCAAGCAGUUUACUGGCUGAGGUUGUGUUACUGUUAAUCAGGAAACUGUCGUAUAUUUUUGCAUACUGAUGUUCAGAGUUAAGUGCAUUGAGAACAGAGCCCUUAUUGUUGUAAACAAGAAAAAAAAUAAAUCCAUUAAUAGUAA